AUGACCACCUGUCCUCGACACAUUGCGUGCUCUUCAUCUUCUUCUGUCCUCAUGAAAACGACGACGACGAGAACGACGACGACGACGACGAGAACGAGGACGUUUUCUCCUUCUUCGAACAAAAUUUCUGUGGCUCCCAGUCGUCCUCCUCGUUCAAAUCAAUCCACCUUUCCGUCGAGAAGAACGAGGAGAGGAGAUUUGAAAAUCAACGCUUCGACGCAAGACUACGAUGACAAUAAAGAUCAAUUCAUGAAAAUGGUCUCCUCGGAAGGGAAAAUGAACGCGUUGAAGUCUAUUUCCGCGACUGAUCAAAAGUUAACGUCCUCCUCGAGCGUGAAUAACAACGUCAUUUCCAUCGAUCAGAGCAUUUUAAAAGUCGACCCGUACUCCAAAGACGCGUUGGAUAUGAUUGGUUCUCGAACAAAAUCGACCCCGGUGAACUUUAGCGUUCAAUACGAUACGAAAUGGGGUGAGAAUUUGUUCGUGUUAGGUUCUCACAAGAAGUUAGGCGCUUGGGACGAAGCGAAAGCAAUCCCAAUGCACUACAAAGAAGGCGGACAUUGGAGUUGCGAGGUGGAUUUGCAACCGGGUGGAAUUUUUUUCUACAAAUAUCUCGUGCGUUCGAUAUUUGGGACGAGGUGGCAAGAAGGGGCGAACAACUUGCUCGUGUUGCCAGAAGCGAACGAUUUACCGAAAAACGCGACGUAUUUAGUCGAGGACUGCUUCAACGGAGGCCCGACGCAGUUGACGAGAACGAACCAAACGUUGUUGGCCGCCAAGUUGAUCGAGACGCAAAAGGAGAAGGUUUUGUACGCGAAGGAGUUAUCGAAGCAACAACAAAUGACAAAGUCCGCGUUGGAAGAGUUAUUAAUCGCGAGAGAAGAGUUGGCAUCGGCGCAGAUGCAACUGGCCCGAGCGAUCGGGGACGGACGCUCGUACGACGUCGAUACGACGACGACCACCACCACCACCACAAACAACGACACUAGCAGCAAGGAAGAGGAGGAGAAAAAGUCAGGCUUCUGGUCUUCGCGAUAA